ACUGGGCCAGAGAGAAGUUGAAGCCCCAUAGCAACUAAGACAAGUAUUGAUGUCUACACUCUCUGUACCUCUAGCUGCUGACUCCUAAAAUCUCGUAGUGACCCCAAACGUUUGCACGGAGCGUAUUCACAGACUCGUUCGACUUUAAGUGCCACUUUUUGAAGGCAAAAAAAGGGAAGUUGAAGCGCGAUGCAUUAUGGGACGUGGAAUCUAAUGCAUUGCACUCUAAAUCGUAUUGCAUUGAAGUGAAGAUCGUGCAUGAGUGAAUAGUUAACAACCCUACUGGCUAAAAAGAUAUUGUUGCAACCUUGCAAUUCUGGCGCUGUUAGGAAAUGAAGGAGCAUCUCACGUGACCUGGUGUGAGCUGCCAUCAUCGAAAUGCAUGCGUUUGUUUUGGGCAUUUGCACAAUUUAGGAAGUGUCUCGGAUCGCCGUACUUCGCAGCUUGUAAAGGAACUUGUCGUCGGAUGUGUAAAAUGCUGAAUGCUGCAGCAGCCGACAGAAAUAAAGACCCGAUCCUCGCUGUUUUAAAAAGCAGAGUGGCAUCAGACAGGCCUCUGGUCGCUCUGGAAAUAUCUUCUGGCACUGGACAGCAUGUUAUUCACUUUGCCAAAGCGUUUCCCAACAUUUCAUGGCAACCGUCUGAAAUCGAAGCGCAGUCCAUAUCGAGGGAGUUCUCUUACAAUUUUACCCUGUAUAUCAUAUUGUUUUUAACAAAUUUGUUUUACAGAAAUCCAGAGUGGGGUCUAAGAGAUGUGUCAUUACUGAAAACACUAGGCCAGGAAAAUGGACUGCGAUUGGAAGAAAUUGUUGAUAUGCCUGCCAACAACAAGUGCUUACUGUUUCACAAGGACAGCGUGGUUUAAUAGAAUAACACUGUAUUUACAUUUGCGUGGACUCUGUAUUGUUUAAACGGUUUAAAGAUACUGAAUAAUACAACGGCUUUGCUGAAAUUGAUCGUAACUCUCUUUCUGGAAAAGAUGCAUUUUUUUUCACACCAAAGGAAAUUAAUAAUCAUUUAGACAGAUGUUUGAAAUGAUGUGCACAUUAUAUUGAUAGAGCCGUAUCCAUGAAUUCCUUUGAUCAUCCUCAUUGGUUAUCUGGAUCAUAGUUCUGCAGUGUUAUUUCAAGAUUUACCUGCCUUGUAAAAUCCACUUUAAGCUUGUUGACCAACCACCAUGUUCCAAAAGCAAGAAAGCUGAUAAAAUGUGUAUUUUGAAUGCAAUGUGAUUUUUGCUUUUAAGCCAAACGCAUACAUGUAAAUGUAUAUUUUUAUCACACUGAUGGAUAGUAUCAAUUCAAUCAUAUUUACAAUUAAUAUAAUCUCAAUAAAUAUUUGUAUGCCAAUAGCUAAAUACGUAAAUUCUCACAUUUCAAUGCAAAAUGUGUGCUUUUUUUGUUUGUGUG